GAUUGAUGGUGCAUUCGAGCUGAAGAGUGACGUGUUUGGGAGGAAAGAGCACCAUAUAUGUACAUCAGACUCCCUCAUUUGUAAACUGUAUACAACAAAAGCACAGCUUCCACUGCAGCCCCUGCAUUUGUCUGGCCUGACAUCAUGCCUAUCAUAAGCAAUACAAAUGACUUCAGCAAUUUCUCCAUCAGCACAGAUGACAGCAGCCUCGACCGUUUUUUUACCGAGAUCCCUGAGACUGAAACCAUUAAAGGAGUAUACUUUCAGCGAGCUCAGCUGCUACGUGACCCCUCUGCGCUCUCAAACGUCGACCACAGCAAACAGGCCCUUGUGAAUGUUGGUGGGGAUCGUUACACGUUUGCCUGGAGCACCCUGGAUGACUUCCCUCUCUCCCGUUUGGGCCAGCUACGUUACUGCAGCAGUCUUGAAGACAUCGCUCGACUGUGUGAUGAUUACGACGAGGUGAGCCGUGAGUACUUCUUCGAUCGAAGUGCCACCGCAUUCCGCGUCAUCCUCAACUUCUUGGCGGCUGGAAAGCUGAGGCUGCUGAGGCAGGCGUGUUCCGUAUUUCUCUCAGACGAGCUUGCUUACUGGGGCAUCGAGCCCACCGGGAUGGAGCGCUGCUGUAGGCGCGUUAUGAUCACCUGCAUGGAGGAGAUGGCUGAGAAGAAGCAGAAAGAGGAGGCCCGGAGGCAGAAGUGGCUAAAGAAACAACCAAUACAAGAGAAGGGGGAAGGGUUCCAUGGCUUCUUGAACCGUCUGAGGGACAUGGUGGAUAACCCACACUCUGGCUGGAUGGGCAAGAGCUUUGCCUACAUCUCCGUGGCAAUGAUCGUUGUGACCGUGGUUAGCUUGUGCAUCAGCACCAUGCCUGAGCUCAGAGAAGAGGAAAGCAGGGGCGAAUGCUCCCAGAAGUGUCAACAGAUAUUCAUCGUGGAGACCGUGUGUGUGGCCUGGUUUACCCUUGAGCUUGCGCUACGUUUUCUUCAGGCACGUAGCAAGCUACAAUUUGCAUGCGGGCCACUGAACAUUAUUGACGCUGUGGCCAUUUUGCCAUACUACAUCUCCCUGCUGGUGGACGAGAGAGAUCUGAGGCUGGGCGAUCAUAAGAAUGUUGGUGGGGGAUAUUUGGAUAAGCUGGGUCUGAUCCUGAGGCUCUUGCGUGCCCUGCGCAUCCUGUAUGUCAUGCGGUUGGUGAGGCACUCCCUUGGACUGCAGACUCUCGGACUUACGGUGCAAAGAAGCCUGCAUGAUUUUGGUCUCCUGCUCCUGUUUGUUUGCGUGGCUGUCACAUUGUUCUCGCCUCUUGUACACUUGGCUGAGAGCGAGCGCCACGGUUUCAGUAGCAUCCCUGCGUGCUUCUGGUGGGCGAUUAUUUCCAUGACCACUGUGGGCUACGGCGACAUGGUCCCACGCACCAUUCCUGGUCAGGUGGUGGCCUUUAGCAGCAUCCUGAGUGGAAUCCUUAUCAUGGCCUUCCCAGCUACCUCUAUUUUCCACGUGUUCUCACGUUCCUACCGUGAUCUGAGACAGGAACAUGAAAUGAUAUGCAAAGAUGAAAGAGCUGCCUUAUUAGCUGCAGAUGAGGUCUGGGUAGAAUCUGAGAUGAACACCUACUGUUGGACUCAAGGAUAUUCUAACAAACUGCAUGAGGGUGAGAAUAAGGACGGGCCUGAAAAAAUUGUUUUAGUAGACACAUCAUGCUCGGGCUUGCCAUAGAUGCUGGAACUAGUGAUCAUGGGGUUUGCAGAAACACUUGUAAUGGUGAGUGAAUCUUCACCCACUAAAAACAGGAACCUCAAUAUAGGAGCUUUGGCUUUAAAUGUGUUCAGGAUUUGUCUUGUUUGUUUGGCCUCAUCUGCAUAUCAUGACUAAUAAUAAAAGCGAAGUACUUGAUUGAAGUUAUUUCUUCAUAAUAUUUGGAUGAGUGUGCUAAUAGUGAUUAUAUAUGUCUAAAAUAUUCUGAUUACACUGUACAACAGUAACAACGGAUACGGGUACAAUAAUAAGAGUAACAGUAACCACUGUGGAUUAGGCUAUUUUAGAAUUAGACUGUUCUGCUUUGCUUGGGCAUGGAAAUAAUCUUCUUGAACUGAAUUAACCUGAAUUAUU